AUGGGAACGACGCAGUCCAUCCCGAAAGACAGCCCCCUCGGCCGCGUCUUAGAGAGAUGGUAUGUCCACGGACGUAAGCCAAUGACGAAGAAGAAGAUGAUUUCCUAUUGCAAUAAGGUCUGGCCAACGUAUGUUUUGGGGUCCGAAGAGCGAUGGCCCUUGAAUGGCUCUUUGAAUUACUAUACUAUUUUGCAGUUAGAGUCUUUCUGUAAGCGGUCUGGGAAGUGGGGUGAACUAUCUUACAUAGAGGCUUUUAUGUGGCUGCACAAGAUGGAUGCAGCCAGGGAGGGCAAUAUGCUAACGGUUCCAUGUGGAAGGUCUGUGAAACCGCCCCAGGCAGACAGUGAGCCGAAGCCUCCCUCUGCAGACAGUAAACCAAAGCCUCGGCUUUCAGACCGUGAGCCAAAGCCUCCCCCUGCAGACAGGAAGACGCAGAAGGAGAAAAAGAAUGAGGAAACGCCUCCUUCGGCCUCACAGAGCCCAGGGACACAGACCGCAAAGCAGGGAGGUGGCCGUAUUCCACCGCCCCCACCCCCACGGUCCCGGGGAGAUCUUGGAAAUCCGGGAACCCAGGCUGCCAAGGCUCCUCCUUCACGUGAUGAGCAAACUGUCUCCCCUUCUAGGUCCUCACAGGGCACCCAGUGUGGGCCAGGGGCUCCGCAGACGGGGAUGGUGGUGCCGUAUCAGCCGAGACAGUUGCCAGUUGGAGGCGUGGAUCCUAAGGACCAGCCGACGGGGUAUUAUUGGGCCCGUACCCCAUUUUCAGUUUCAGAUUUACUGAAGUGGAAAAGUACGAAUCCUUCUUACCAAGAGGACCCCCAGAAAACAACAGAUUUCUUUACAUUCAUUUUCUCAACCCAUCAACCGAACUGGGCCGAUGUGGAGGCGCUCCUGAACAUCCUCCUAACAAGCGACGAGAGGAAGCUAGUAAGAGAGAAGGCCCUAGAGGAAGCCUACCGGCUGUAUAGGGAGAACCCCCACCGAACCCCGAGCCCCGCGGGGGCAGUGCCUCUCGUGGAGCCCCAUUGGAAUCCAAACGGCGGAGGCCUCGUGCACCUGGAGCAUUACAGAAGAUGCAUACUAAAAGGGCUAAAGAGAGGGGUGACCAAGAAAAACUGCCCCGAACGGGUCCGGGCUGUACAGCAAAAACUUGACGAGGACCCUGAAGACUUUCUACAGAGACUUUACCAAGCCUACCGUAAAUACACCAAUAUAGACCCCGAAGCACCUGAAAAUGUGUGGCAGGUCAGUCUGUCCUUCAUCUACCAGAGUGCCCCAUAUAUUAGGAGAAAGCUUGAAACGCUGAAUGGAGCACUGGCCAUGAACCCGGAGCAGCUGGUCAGCCUUGCCAGGGCUCAGAGCAGAAAGAUGGAACCGCAGCAGCAGGUUGUUAUUUUCUUAAAUCCUGGAGGGGGGCGGGAAGAAACGAGGCGGAGGAGGCCUCUGGGCCCAAACCAGUGUGCUUACUGUAAGGAGGAAGGGCAUUGGAAAAAAGAAUGCCCUAGAUUAGUUCUGAAAGCACUCAGGAAUGCACUUCAGAAUCAAAACAGAAUGGUUGGGUGGCAUUCGGACUCUGAUUGA